GGUGCACGCGUCACUGCAGGUCGAUACAUCUCGAAGUACCACCGCUCGGUCGGUGCCGACUUAGUUCUCGUUGCUCGGAGUUGCAUCUCUCCGAAGAACGACGUUCGUGACACAGACGGAGAGAAAGAGAGAGAUAAAAAACCGCGCGCGUGCAUCCUCGGACCGAGUGAAGUUGUCGCGGCACCCGAGAUAAUCCCCGACACGAUCGGUGGUUCUAGAUAAGCCGUUAUCUCGUAGAUAGAUAUUCCCGUGGGUGAGAAGAAUCCACACCGGGGAGUGAGUGCCGCCGAAAUGACGGAGCCGGAGAAUAUCUUUCUGUUCGUGCCGAAUAUCAUCGGUUUCGCCAGGGUGAUUCUGGCACUGAUCUCCUUCUACUUUAUGCCAACUAACUACAUCAUCGCGUCAUGGUGUUACGUGGUCAGCUCGUUGCUGGAUGCGAUCGACGGCCAUGCAGCUAGAUAUUACAACCAGAGCACCAAGUUCGGUGCGAUCCUGGAUCAACUGACGGACAGAGUCGGCACGAUGUGCCUCAUGGUCACGUUGUGCCUGUUCUACCGUCCCUACACCUUCUGGUUCCAACUGAGCAUGGCUAUCGAUAUUGCCUGCCACUGGAUAUAUUUGCAUACGACUCUGCUCCAAGGAAAGACCAGUCACAAGUUCAUCGACAUGUCUGAGAAUCCGAUCAUGAGAUUGUACUACACAAAUCGCAUGGUACUAUUCUUUAUGUGCGCUGGUAACGAGGCAUUUUACGCCGGUCUGUACUUGUUGCAUUUUACCGAAGGACCAAUUUUUGCCGGUAUAGGUCUGUACAGACUGAUCGUGUACCUGUGCACUCCGAUAGCGCUUGUCAAAGCCGCGAUCUCUCUACUGCACGGAUACGUGUCGUGCAUCAAUCUCAGUAUCAUCGACGUGAAGGAACGUCAGGAGCGGCUUAAAGUUAAUUAAAUGUCUCUCUUUCUCUCAGUCUCCCUGUCAACACGUUGUUCGCUAGUCAAAUUGAAUGUGAUGUACAAAUCUUCCUACUCUGUAAACUGGCGCAUGCAUGUUUACACAAUUCCAUAUAUAUAUUUUUUUAAGGGGCAGAAAGAAUGUGUUUAAAGAUGUGGCCAAAAGAUCUGUCUCUACGUAUUUACAGAUUAACUUUGCUCCCGGUUUAACUUGCUCUCUAUUUUUCUUUUAAAUUCUUACAAUUAGAAGAAGAUGAAGAGUAAGUUAUAUCGAGAUUCAAGUUACAAACGUACAUUAGCCAAAAUGAACAUCAUAGGCCUAUUCUGUAACUUUUAACGAUAGAAUUGUCGUUUUAUUGUUGCACAGGUGUAACAUAUGAUAGAAAAACCCUGUAAGUUAUAGAAUAGGGCUAUUAAUUGACAUUUAAUACCUAAGAAAUACUGUUCUUCAAA